GACCCACUCAGUGUUAACGGUACAGGCAUUGUGUCAUCCAGCACCAGGGCUCAUUGUGCUUUAUCUUGCUCUUCGAGUCCAAGGUGCACUUCUUUCAGUUUCAAGGCAGAGGACGAUGGAGGGAGUUGCUAUCUCAAUACCAACGUAGCAUUGACAGACACAGAAUGCGUUACCCCCGUUCAGGUCUUCAGGUUGUACAAUGAAAAGGAUCAGGUUUGCAACGGUCACGGUGUCUACCUGACGAACAGAAGUAAAUGCCGUUGCCACGAUGGGUAUCUCGGAGACAGUUGUGAAAGACUUAUGCAAGAUUGCACGGAAGGUUCCGAGUAUUAUGACAAAGAAAAGGGACUCUUUUUCAUCCAGCCACGUUCAUCGAAGGCUAUAUUUCGCGUGUUCUGUAACAUGAUUUGGGGCGGCAGAAGCUACAUGAUGAUUAUAGAGAAGGAUGGACCAUAUAUGAACUUUACGAGAAGUUGGCAAGAAUAUAAGGAUGGAUUUGGUGUCUCCGAGUAUGAUGUCAUUAACAAGAAAGGGAGUUUCUGGGCUGGCAACGAGAUGCUGCAUCAACUUACAACUAGCCGAAGGUACACCCUCACUGUUGAAGCUGGUUACGAAACCUACAAACAAUACAUUUACGAGGGAUUUGUCGUACGUAUAACAUAUACUAUACUCACCGCCAAAAGAAACGCGAAACAUAUAUAGACACCUAUA